UUUUCUUUCUCCCACAGCGUGAGUGCAUCUCCAUCCACGUUGGCCAGGCCGGUGUCCAGAUUGGCAACGCCUGCUGGGAGCUCUACUGCCUGGAGCACGGCAUCCAGCCCGAUGGCCAGAUGCCCAGUGACAAGACCAUUGGGGGCGGAGACGACUCCUUCAACACCUUCUUCAGCGAGACUGGUGCUGGCAAACAUGUGCCUAGGGCAGUGUUUGUAGACCUGGAACCCACAGUCAUCGAUGAAGUGCGCACUGGUACCUACCGCCAGCUCUUCCACCCUGAGCAGCUCAUCACAGGCAAGGAAGAUGCUGCCAACAACUAUGCCCGUGGGCACUACACCAUUGGCAAGGAGAUCAUUGACCUCGUCUUGGACCGAAUUCGGAAAUUGGCUGACCAGUGCACAGGUCUGCAGGGCUUCCUGGUUUUCCACAGCUUUGGCGGGGGCACUGGCUCUGGCUUCACCUCCCUGCUGAUGGAACGUCUCUCCGUUGACUACGGCAAGAAGGGCAGCGGGAGAGGCCCUGAAAUAUGGAGCAAGAAGAAGUACAAUGCCCGGUUCUCGCUGGCCCAGAUCAAGAAGAUCAUGCAGACGGACAAAGAGAUUGGCAAGGUGGCAGCAGCUGUGGCUGUACCUGUCAUCAUCUCCCAGGCACUCGAGCUCUUUCUGGAGUCUCUGUUGAAGAAAGCCUGCUAA